AAUGGAAAUUAUAUUUCUAUCUAAGAUGUUUCAUAUAAUAGAAUCGAGAUAAGAAUUUUUAAAUAAUUAAGAAGAGAAUAAAUACACUGCAAAAAUUACAAAUAAACCUGAUAAAAAGAUCACAAAAAAUGUGCUCAACUACGCAAUUCUGUUUCCUGAAUCUGCGUACUUAUCUCAUAUAUUUAUGCUGCUAUUUACUAAUUAUGGUAGCGGCGGGUAGCCGUGUGGUGAAUGGACUAAAAUGUUACUGCAAUCCGAAAGAAUGUGAUGUCAUACGUUCACUCGACUGUCCAGGCAAAGGCUUGAUGAUUUGGGAUCCAUGCAAAUGCUGUAGAAUUUGUGCUAAAACCUUAGGUGAAACAUGCGGUGGUCCUGGCGAAUUUUCUGGCCGAUGUGAACCACCUCUGCAAUGUGUUACGAAAUUACCAAUAAGCAGUGGCUUAGGUGUUUGCAUGAAUCUCCCUUUUUCUUCAUCUUCUUUUACAUAUCACAACAAAAACUGUACAAAUGAUGAGACAAUAUUUAUAGACGCUGGCUGCGAAAUAACCAACAAACGUUGCCAAUGUUGGCCCACGUUACGUAUUUGCCGAAGUGAAGAUGUGGAAAGUAUUAGUGGCUCAACAAGAGAUACCAGAUGGCACUUUAAAACACUAGAAGAGUGCCAAUUAAAUUUGCAAAAUUUAAUUCAAAUUGAAAUGGAAUUCGAUGAGGACUACACAAUUUCACCGAGCACCUUCACAUAUAAGAAACUGAGAAGGAAGCGCAGAUCGCUCAGAAAAAGAACUAUGAUCAUCACGCAUUAAAAGAGUCAAUGCACUAGGCGCACUCAACCCUCUAACUUCAAUGUUUUCAAAACCCGCUCCCAACGGCUUGGUAAAGCUCCUGUAUAAAUUGUAUUGUAAAUGCUAUUUGACUAAAAAUUAUUUUUAAAAUAAAUUACCUAAAACU